AUGCCAGGCUCCCAGAGCCGGGCCCGGGCCCGGGACCGCAACAACAUCCUCAACCGGGCGGAGUUCCUGUCCCUGAACCAGCCCCCCAAGGGGGUCCCGGAGCCCCGCGGCAGCUCGGCUAGGAAGGGCUCGGGGCCCUCGGCGCAGCCCCCGCCGCCCGGCGACGGGGCCCGGGAGCGGCGCCAGUCCCAGCAGCUGCCCGAGGAGGACUGCAUGCAGCUGAACCCCUCCUUCAAGGGCAUCGCCUUCAGCUCCCUGCUGGCCAUCGACAUCUGCAUGUCCAAGCGGCUGGGCGUGUGCGCCGGCCGGGCCGCGUCCUGGGCCAGCGCCCGCUCCAUCAUCAAGCUCAUCGGCGUCACCGGCCACGGCGUCCCCUGGAUCGGCGGCACCAUCCUCUGCCUGGUGAAGAGCAGCACGCUGGCCGGCCAGGAGGUGCUCCUGAACCUGCUCCUGGCCCUGCUCCUGGACAUCAUGACGGUGGCCGGCAUGCAGAAGCUCAUCAAGCGGCGAGGCCCGUUCGACACCAGCCCGGGGCUGCUGGACUACCUCACCAUGGACGUGUACGCCUUCCCCGCCGGCCACGCCAGCCGCGCGGCCAUGGUGUCCAAGUUCUUCCUGAGCCACCUGGUGCUGGCCGUGCCGCUGCGCGUGCUGCUGGUGCUCUGGGCCCUCUGCGUGGGGCUGUCCCGCGUCAUGAUCGGGCGGCACCACGUCACGGACGUGGUCUCGGGCUUCGCGCUCGGCUACCUGCAGUUCCGCCUGGUGGAGCUGGUCUGGAUGUCCUCCAACACCUGCCAGAUGCUCAUCUCCGCCUGGUGA